AUGUCAGAUGGUCAGUCCCUUCUGGAGAAGCUCGACUCCAUCCCACAGGUGCGAGCCUUCGAUGCUUUCCCAAAGACGCAGCCGAUAUACCAGACGAGGUCCUCGCGAGGAGGCCUCUUCACCCUCCUCAUUGCCCUUGUCCUGUCAUGGCUUACAUGGAGCGAGUUCCACACGUAUCUCUACGGGCAUCCCAUCGCUACGUUUGGAGUUGACCAUGACCUGGCAGCCGAAAUGCAAGUCAAUGUGGACAUGACUGUCGCGAUGAAGUGUCAUUAUUUGACUGUCGAUGUGCGGGAUGCAUUGGGUGACCGCCUGCACUUCUCAGAUACGGACAUCACAAAGGAUGAGACUCGCUUCGAGCUCGGGCAUGCUGGCAGACUAGACUCGAUCGCGAUGCCUGAUCGGCCCAUCGGCGAUAUCAUCGAUGCCGCUCGUCACUUCCAUGCUCCGACCUUCUCACGCAAGCCUAAGCCGAAGCGGAAGGCUAAGGGAUACAAAGGCAAGCAGGUUGCAUUUGCAGAGACAGCACAUAUCGUCAAGGGUGGAGAUGCUUGCCGAAUUUAUGGUUCUGUGCUACUCAAGAAAGUCACCGGAAACCUUCACAUUUCGACGCUCGGUCAUGGAUACUGGAGCAUGGAGCAUACCCCACACGAGUUGAUGAAUCUCUCCCACGUCUUCCACGAGCUCAGCUUUGGGCCUUACUUCCCUGAUAUCUCACAACCUUUGGACCACAGCGUUGAACUCAGCUCUGACCACUUCGCCGUUUUCCAGUACUUCGUCAGUAUCGUGCCCACCAACUACAUAGACUCAAAAGGAAGGAAGCUGCAAACCAACCAAUAUAGUGUUACAGACUAUACUAGGACUGUUCAGCACGGCCAAGGCGUUCCAGGCAUCUUCAUCAAAUUCGACAUCGAGGCUGUCACCUUGACCCUCAAACAACGGACAAUAUCCUUUGUCACCUUCCUCGUCCGGCUGGCUGGCAUCAUCGGCGGCGUGUGGGUCUGUGCAGGCUACACGUUGAGAGUCGGAGACAAAGCGGCAAAGGCUGCUCUGAAGGUCAUCGAGGGCAGCGAUGCUUCAGACUACGCCAGCAUAUACAACAGCACGACCAGCGGGGGUAUGGAACGGUCUGCUUCGUGGUACGGCAAAUCAGCAGGUGGUGCAGACGCCGGAGAGGGAUUUGCAUCACCGGCGAAAGCUGUCAGUGGAGCAUUCGCGGCAGCUCGAGGUCAUCGCAAGUCAGAGUCGCUGGCCCAAAAGAUGAUGAGCGAGGAGGGAAGGUCAUGGUGA